AUGCGAGCAAGAAGGGUUUCGAAAAGAAUUCAGCACGAUGGACCACAUUCACACUGUUUCGAAACUCAUCGAGGUAUCACGAGAGUACAACAUGCCGCUCUGUCUCACCUUCAUCGACUUGAAGAAGGUCUUUUACUCAGUCGAGACGGAAGUGGUCGCGGAAGCCUUGGACAACCAAGGCGUCCCUACUCAGUACAUAAAGAGGGGGUCCGACAGUGUGACACAACUCCACCCAAAAUAUUCACAGCCACCCUCGAGAACGCAAUGCGAAAGUUGGAAUGGGACGACAUGGGAGUAAACGUUGAUGGUCGGCAGCUACACCAUUUGUGCUUUGCUGAUGACAUCGUUCCGAUAUCACCUAGCAUCAGCCAAGAGGAACGAAUGCUGACCGAAUUCGACGAAACAUGUGGAUGCAUCAGUCUUCAGCUGAAUCUACAAAAGAUGUUGUUCAUGCGGAACGGAUGGAUCUCGGAUGCCCCAUUCACGCUCAACGGAACGAACAUAUCCGAAUGCACCAGCUACGUUUAUCUGGGUCGGGAACUGAACAUGAUGAACGACCUGACCCUCGAGCUGGGCAGGAGGAGACGAGCAGCUUGGGGAGCGUACAAGAGCAUCGAGGAUGUAGUGAAGAAGACCAGGAACACCCGGCUCCGUGCUCACCUCUUCAACACCACCGUACUUCCUGCUUUGACCUAUGCUUCGGAAACCUGGGCAUUUCGCAAGCAGGAAGAAGAAGUGGUGAGCGUCAUUGAACGUGCAAUUGAGAGAGUGACGCAAGGAGUAUCCCGUUUCACGCAAGUGAGGGACGGGAUUCGAAGUUCUCUCCUACGUCAGCGAUCGAAGAUUAGAGACGCCGCCGCGUUUGCCAAGGAAAGUAAAAUAAGGUGGGCUGGACACGUAAUGCGCUUUAACGACAACUGUUGGACCAGAGUCGUGAGCGACUGGCUCCCCUGCGAUAUUAAGCGCACUACAGGAAGACCGCCGACCCGAUGGUCAGAUUUCUUCACGAAGUCCUUCAAAGAAAAAUGUGAUGCUCUUUGUGUCCCACGCGAAGGGAGGAAGCACUGGGCUACUCUGGCACGCGAUCGGGACAAAUGGAAGAAUUACUGGCGCCCGCUCGACCAGUUCGAAGAUCAACGGGAAUCAAGCUGA